AUGUUCACCAAAUACUUGGUUUGUCUACUUGCAUUGAUGCAAUUAAUAUCAGCUUCUGCUUUUACAUUCAUUUUAGGAGCCAAUGAAAAAUCAUGUUUUUAUAUUUUCACAGAACAACCAGAAACUCAAAUAAGAUAUUAUUUUGCUGUACAAAGUGGAGGAUCAUUUGACGUGGAUUAUGUUAUAACUGACCCAAACUCAAAUGUUAUAUAUCAAGAAAAUAAAAAAAGACAUGGAGAUUUUGUUUUUACUGCUCAUCCAGUUGGUGAAUAUGAAUUUUGUUUUUCAAAUACUAUGUCAACUUUCUCUGAAAAAGUUGUUGAUUUCCAAAUAGAAGUUGAAAAUGAAGAAAGUAUUAAAAAUAGAAUAAAAGCAAACUUACCCGAUCAACCAAACACAAAACCUUUAGCUCAUGUUGAAAGUAUGCAAGCAACUGUUGAUAAGAUCGAGGGUCAAUUGGACGGAUUAAGUAAAACAUUACAAUUCUAUAAAACUAGAAAUAAUAGAAAUCAAGCAACUGUUAGGUCAACUGAAUCAAGAAUAUUUUAUUUCUCAAUUUUCGAAGUUUUGUUGAUGGUUGGAAUGGGAUUUUUACAAAUAACAAUUGUUCAAUUAUUUUUCAAAGGAUCAAGGAAGCAAUUAGUAUAG